AUGGGCUCCAACUCCAACACCAACCCAGCGCGCAACAACGCGCACCACAACGCGCGUGAUAGACGUGCUGGGCGAAAAGCACACCCCGGCUCUUCGCAAACGAAUUACCCUCAGGAUGGCUUUGCCAAUAAUACGAGAUCAACGCCAAUGCCAACGCCUGGAUAUAGUCCGGUCACGGCGACCCCGCCAAGCCAUGCGGUCAACUCAAAUCAAUAUCCGACAGGGAACGCCAACAGUGGAUCGCAAAUGGCUUUUGGAUCAUUCGAUACCCCCACAUGGAACCCACAGGCUAUGAACUACGACUCAACGGCUAUACCCCCGUCGAUGCCGAUGCCGAUGAUGGACCCGAGAUUGUUCGCUUCCAUUAUGGGAAACAUGCAGGGCCAAUUCCCCAUGAUGCCUUUUAAUAAUACGGCCCCCUUCCAGGGAGCACAGCCCAUGAGCACAAUGGCCAGACCAUCCGGGCCAAUUAUCCAUGGCAAACAACCAGGUCCCUCUACAUCAAGGCCACGACAACGAGAGUCAACACCACCAGUCGAUAUACCAUCCGCGACUGCGGAGUACAUGAAGCAAUCGUCGCAAAAACCUACAAAGUGUCCCACGCCACGACCAUUACUCAUAAUCCUCGAUCUGAACGGAACUCUGGUCUACCGAAAACACAAAAAGCUACCCCCCUCUUUCGCUUCCCGGGCCGGUCUUGAGCACUUCUUAGAUGUAUUAACAAAGAAAUAUGCCGUGAUGAUUUGGUCCAGUUCACAACCAGCUACCGUCGAAGCAAUCUGUGCGAGAAUAUUUUCAAAAGAAAAGAAGCGCGAUCUUGUCGCUUUAUGGGGUCGUGACAGGUUCGGCCUCACACCUGUGCAAUACCACGCAAAACUACAGGUCUACAAACAACUCCAUAAAGUAUGGAGCAGUAUCGAAGUACAAAGCUCUUACCCAGGAAACGAACCCUACAAACCACCCCACCAAAAUCAAAAUCAAAAUCCGCCCAGUGUAAAGCCAAAACCAAAACCAACCACACGCGAACAGAAACAACAAGAGCAGAAACAACGCGAGCAGGAAAUGGAACUGACAGCUUCCUUUCCCCCUGGUCAACGAUGGGAUCAAUCGAAUACGAUCUUAAUCGACGAUAGCAAAUUGAAAGCACUCAGUGAACCAUUUAACAUCCUAGAAAUCCCCGAAUUCACCAAUAACGCAAAACUCGACGAGUCAAAACUUUUUGCCAGAGUCCUUGCCAGACUUGAUACGCUCUCGCGCCAUGACGACGUUAGUAAAGUCCUUCGUGGAUGGAAUGAGAUGGCCGAUUUGCAAAAAUCCAGUGUUCUGGAUUUAGACAUUCCGCCGGAAGAAGCAGAAGAAGAGCUCUGGGAAGCGGAUGAUGAUGAGGAAGGCGGUAUCAGUCUUGGUGAAUUCACUAUUAGUACCAUUCCUGGUGCUCCCCCUGUGUGGAAGAAUGGGCAGCAAAAGCAGAAUAAGGGCAAUGCCAAUGCCAAUGGUGCGACUGUGCAGGAAAUUCAACCACCAACGGAUCCCGAAGCAAUCAGACUCAGGAAAGAGACUAAAAAGAUUCGCAAGAAGGAGAAGAAGGUUGCUAAAAGGGCUGCCGCGGAAUCUGCUCGUCAAGAAACCGCAGCCGCAGCAGCGGCGGCUCCGGCUCCGGCUCCUGGUGAAACAACAACCACCGGGGCAAAUCCCGCUCCGGGCACUGCCACUGAGUAUAUUGGACAGCGCAAGCGGAAAUCGAUGAAAAAAGCUCGACUGGAACAAGAUCAAGCCCCCCCUUGCACAAGAUCCAGCGACGAUUGA